AAAAAACAAAGGCUUCAACUGAUUAAAAAACAAAUUAAGAAAGCAGGUUUCAAUAUGCAGCUUGUUAAGCCAAUGGUUGGCCAUUCAAGCUUAGAAAAGGCACAACCAGGCCUGUUAGAAACUAUUGUCCAAAUUGUUUCUUCGGAUGGACAGGCUAAUUAUAGAAGACAUUCAGAAAUAGUACGAUCUAUUAAAACUUUAGAUCAGCUUCAAGAAGUGCUAACAAAUAUGAAUUAUAAAUUGUCACGCUCUGCAACAUACUUUAGGCUCAUUUCAAAAUGGCAUAAUACUAAUGAGGGAAGAUGGCAUGUCAAAACUGUGCCAGUAAAGCUUUUAAAGUUACAAAAUACGGCAAGAAGAAGUCAUAUUGAUACCCGUUUUUGUGCUGCCUUAAUAAGAAACCUAAAAGAAAUAGUAUCAUUAUUGGGUCCAAAGUGUGCUUUAGUAAUAUCUCAGGAUGACAAAGCACAAAUACCUCUUGGUUUAGCCGCGGCCAACAAGCAAGCGCCAAUUCUUAUGAGGCUGGAAUAUCGAAUAGAGCUUCUGGAUCAUGACUGGGUUGUUGCUGAAAAGCACAAGCUGAUUCUAUCAGUUUAUGCAAUAUUAGAUAUACAAGAGGGUAAAUAUGGGCAUACUGAUGCGGUAACAUAUUCGGGCCCAACGUUUAUAAGAAUCCACAGUGUAGUGAUGCUAAGCGAUGGUGGUCCCAACGAGAACCCUCGAUACAGAAAGACAAUUCAAAUGAUGAUUGAACAUUUUGACAAAUAUAACCUUGAUACAAUCAUUGUGGCAUACUUCGCGCCACACCAAAGUGCAUCAAAUCCAGUUGAAAGGCGAAUGGCGCCUCUAAGUCAUGACUUAGCUGGUGUUAUACUCCCACACGAUACGUUUGAAACUUAUUUAGAUUCACAGUUAAAAACAAAUGAUGAUGAAUUAGAGAAACAUCCUUCUGAAGAAUAUCACUACCCAAGUAAAAAGUCGGAAAGUUGGAUAGAAAAUAAAUUCUGCCAAAUUUUACUGAAUCACUUUUUCUCCUCACCAAUUAUGGUCCAACAAAAGCCUAAUGGUAUUUGCGUGGCAACCAUGAAUGUAUCUGAUGAUACAAUUUACUAUUUCAAUUUUCUUUUAUCUACAUUAAUGGAAGGAAAAUUAAUUCCUCCGGAUAUGAAUCUAUGGUGCUUCCUUUUUGAUUGGUACUGCCUAACUAUCAACAAAUCAAUUAACGAGUAUAUUUGUCUCUAUUGUAAUCGGUACUUUGCUUUAAAAAGAAACUUGAAAUACCAUAUUCGAAAAUGUUUAUAUAAGAAGUCUAACUUAUCUGUAAAGCCUUCUUCAAAUAUUCAAGAUUUCCAAGUAAGUAAUGAUACAUUCGUUCACAACCAUCGACAAGGUGAAUUCUUGAUCAGUAACGAAGGUAAUGAGGCUAUGUGA